AUGGAGGCAUCAGGAUCAGGCGAGCCUGCUGCCAAGAGACGGAGGAUCUCUGACGGCCCUGAUGACCUCCAUGUGUCUACGCCCUUGCCUCCUCCUCCCUUCUCCGAAUACGCCGUCCUCGCCAGCGCCCGGUGGACCGUCCGAGACUACGACUUACGCGCCUCCGAUCUUUGCCCGGAUGGGAGGCCAGUUGAAAUCACUAUUCAAGAAGCACAGGAACACGUACAACAGGAAGGUCUUGGGAUAGCAUUCUCCGUCGGUCGAGGCAAGGGCCUGCACCACGUUUAUCUUGAGGAUUAUCCAUCGAGAAGUCACGCCAUCUUGCAGGAUGUCCUGCACCUGGACUCCGCCGUCAAAUACAGGGCCCCUGCUGCCUUACCUCUUGCUUGUGUGUACGCCAUGCUCCGCCCUUGCUCUUCUGGGCCACGCAUCGAAGUUUCCAUCCUUUGGGAGAAUACCGUCAAAGUCAGAGAUCGUGUAGACCCGGUUCUCCUCGAUUUGCUGGGGCGCUAUCUUCCUUCCAACCGCAUUUCCGCUCCGAAUUUCGAGACCUGGGAUCCCCGACAAUUCUACGACAAUGUUCAUGUUCCCGAGAAAUCCAAUGCAAAUUCGGCGGACAUCAAGGUUCCAUAUCUGGAGUCUCAAUUGUUCCCUUUCCAGCGACGUGCUGUGCGAUGGCUUUUGGCGAGGGAGCGGGCUGUCUUACAAGACACCGGGAUUGUGACGACCCUUGCUGAAGAACCUGACGGGCAACUUCCUCGAGGAUUCGAGAUAUUCCAAGCCGACGGAAAGCAAACGUAUUUGGUCAAUCACACUUUGGGAGUGGUCUCCAAGGACCGGGCGGCGGUCCUGAAAGAAUUCUCAACCAUAAGAGGAGGUGUUCUUGCCGAGGAAAUGGGUCUCGGAAAGACGUUGGAGGUCAUAUCCUUAAUCUGCCUUCAUCGAAAACCUGCCAGCAUCGAGAGCCCUCCCGGGUUGAGGCAAUCUUCCGCGACACUGAUUAUUACCCCCCCCUCAAUCCUCGAGCAAUGGAAACAAGAGAUCAACGAGCAUGCCCCUGCAUUGCGAGUGCAUCAUUACCAGGGCCUUGGCAGCUACCGUCGCACCGGCGAAAAACUCAUUGAGGAACUCCUACACCAGGACGUGGUUCUCACAACGUACAACGUCAUCGCCAAAGAAAUACACUAUGUGAUGGAGAAGCCGGAUCGGAAUCUCCGGAACCGGAACCGCCCCCGUAAGGAUCCCCCCAAGAGUCCCUUGACUGAGAUCUCGUGGUGGCGCGUCUGCCUGGAUGAGGCUCAGAUGGUGGAAAGCGGUGUAUCUUCGGCCGCCACAGUGGCACGGCUGAUCCCUCGCAUCAAUGCAUGGGCGGUCACCGGGACGCCGCUACGUUCUGGCCACCGGGAUCUCUACGGUCUGUUACUCUUCCUUCGUUAUAGCCCAUGGUGUCAGUCUCCUCGACUUUGGGAUUCGCUUGUUAGCUACCAUCGACCCCUAUUUAGAGAGAUGUUGAAGGAGGUAGCGAUGAGACAUACCAAGGACUUUGUCCGGGAAGAUUUGCGACUGCCACCCCAAAGCCGACAUACCAUCACAAUUCCAUUCACACCUAUUGAAGAACAGCAUUACGCACAGCUCCUUCAAGAACUCUGCGAAGACUGCGACGUUGAUCGGACAGGGGCACCCCUCAAUGACGAUUGGGACCCGGAUUCCCCAGCGACGGUCGAGAAAAUGCGGACCUGGUUGACUCGUCUACGCCAAACAUGUCUUCACCCAGAAGUUGGUGGGCGGAAUCGUCGGGCACUGGGUCGUACCACCAACGGUCCCCUUCGGACAGUGGAACAGGUUCUCGAAGUGAUGAUCGAUCAACACGAGAGUCAACUCCGCACCGCUCAGCGCAGUAAAUUGUUGGCGCAGAUACGGCGAGGACAGCUGAAGGAGAAUGCGAAAGUCACCGACGAGGCUCUCGACAUAUGGAGAAGCGUCUAUGACGAGUCGGUGAUAAUCGUACAAGAAUGCCGAAAACAACUCGAAGAAGAGAAGUUCGCCGCCAACCUCAACAAAGAGAAGGAAGACGAAGAAGAAGCCAACCCGCGACUGACAGCAGCAAGGGCACGGUUACGAACGGCCCUGGAGAUCCAACACAUCUCCAUCUUUUUCAUUGCCAACGCAUAUUUCCAACUGAAGUCGCUCGAGGAGCCGGAUACUGAAAAGUCCCUGGCGCUGGAGAAACGAGAGACCGCUGCAUACGAAGAGGCCAAAGCGAUUCGUGGCGAAUUGCUGGCUGAAGUUCUGCGGCAUGUGAACAAGUUGAUCGGCUCCGUGAGAGUCAAUGUGGCGAAAGGGCUCACACAGAUCCCUGACAUGCAGGCACCUGAAGACGAGGUGGGAAUCGAAUCCAGGAAGAUUUUCGACAAAGUUGCUGUCUACUGUGAGGCUAUGAACGUGCAGGCAGAACAGUUUCGCGAACUGCGGAAGAAGAUGGCCGACUUCUUGAGCCAAGCACUGAUUGAUGAGGACGAAGGGGUCGAGCUGCAAGGAGACGAGUAUGAAAGUUCGACCAAACAUCAAGAUGAGAUGUAUGCGUACAUGGAAGCUCUACGGGCCCUCUUUGCCGACCGCAGCGAGGCCAUGACGGGCCAGGAGAACAUGCUGAUCAAACAAGAGAUGAAGCAAUUCCUCCGUGCCGCCAAGGAGGGCGAAGGCCCAGCGCCUGAGUUGAUGGUCAAACUUCUGGCUGAGCGGGAACAAAAACGCGUCAAGGUCAAAGAGCAUGGCUGCCUUCGUGGUAUCACGGCUGAAAUCCGUCAACUGGUCAUAUCGCUACAAUGGCAGGAUGGGAAUGGACACGUUCGGGCCGGCCACGAACUGGCGAUCCUAGAACGCAUCCUCAAACACGUUCAGCAGUUGGGGGUGGUCCAGACCAAGGCGCUGAAUGCGCUUGAGCAAGAGGUCAAUCAGUUCCGCGACACCAUGAACAGCCGUCUCGACUACUACCGGGCGCUGCAGAAGAUCUCCGACACGGUGGCGCCUUAUCAAGAAGAGAACGUGGGCGAGCCCCUGUCGGAGAAAGAGUACCGCGGCUUCGAAAAUGAGGAGGCGCGGUGGCAGCAGAAAAUCGUCUCCCUGUCUGCCAAACUGCGCUAUCUGGUCCACAUGAAGACCGAGUCCAAAUCGUCGGCCCCGAGGACCUGUACCAUCUGUACGGACAGUUUCGAAGUGGGCACCAUGACCUCUUGUGGGCAUCAGUUCUGCAAGCAUUGCGUCUUGACAUGGUGGAAUCAACACCGCAACUGUCCCGUAUGCAAGACAUCUCUGCACCCGAGCAGCUUCCACGACAUCACCUACAAACCAGCCGAGAUUGCGGUCCAGGCCGAAUCUCCAUCCAGCCCGACGUCGUCCAACUCGGGCUCCGGUGCUGAUCGGCCCCAUGACCAGUCAAUCUACUCGGACAUCAGCAUUGCCAUGCUUAACCAGAUCAAGAACAUCGACCUCCGCGGGCCCAGCUUCGGCAGCAAGAUCGACUUCCUCUGCCGCCACCUGUUGUGGCUUCGUGAACACGAUCCUGGUUCCAAGGCUAUCAUUUUCUCUCAGUACCGUGAGUUCAUCGACGUUCUGGCCCGGGCGUUCGCCGAGCACAAGAUCUCGUCGACGCGCAUCGACGUGAAGAAUGGCAUCGAGAAGUUCAAGUCGGACCCGGCCGUGGAGUGUUUUUUGCUGCACGCCAAAGCCCAUUCGACGGGACUGAACCUGGUUGUGGCGAGCCACGUCUUCCUGUGCGAGCCGCUCAUCAACACCGCCAUCGAGCUGCAAGCCAUCGCCCGAGUCCACCGUAUCGGCCAGUACCGGCCCACGACCGUGUGGAUGUACCUGAUCGCCGACACGGUGGAGGAAGCCAUCUACGACAUCAGCGUCACCCGUCGGCUCGCCCACCUGCGAAGCAACAGUGGAGGGAAGCCCAAGACGGCGACGGCGACCGCGAGCACGACUCCGACAGCGGUCGCGGCGACCGAGGGCACGGGUUCGGGCACGGCGACGCCAUCGUCCCUGCCCGGCAACACCAGCACGCCCAGUGGAGGUCUACAGGAGACGGCGAUCGACGCGGCCAACUCGAUGGAGCUACAAGCGGCCAAUCUUUCGCGGCUCCUCACCGCGGGCAAGAACGGUGGUGAAAUGGUCGACAAGGAGGACCUGUGGGCGUGUCUGUUCAGCCGAGUCAGGAAGCGCGAAGAGGUCAUGGGCGGUGCGGCGGUGACAAGGACGGCCCGAGAUUCUCAGGGUCAUGCUCUUGCUGACGCUCAGCCUGCCGGGUCGGACGUGGGGAGGUUGUUGAGGCUGGACGCCGCACGGAGCAGACUUGGACCGGAAGUUUUGUGA